CACGGCAUUGCGACAUUCGAUACUCAGGAAACCGGAUUCGACGGUAUCGAAUGCAGGUCUCAGAGGGCUUCAUUCGCGUUGUUUCACAACCCCAGUUAUUAUUUGUCCUCACAUCCAACCACUGUCCACCUGAUCCCAAUUCCCUGAUUCCCAUAUCAACGUCGAUCGAGUCCACCAACAAGCCCGGGGAGACAGCACGGAUGAGAGCUGGGCCCGAAUCCUUAUGGAGAUCUUGGAAAUCGCAUGCGAGCUUUGGGGGCCAACGGUCGGGUCCAAAGCGACUCUGGCGGGGGGACAAUGACGUGGGCGUCGUCGUGGAAAGCGCUACAUCAACCGUGGCCUAUCUUCUUUCGAGAGUCAACUAGUUCGGGAACUGGUGUCGCCCGCGAGUUUCAGUAUCGCGCCCUGCUCGAACUUCUCAGCUUGGGCCCAGGAGACCGAUUCAUCCGCCGUUUCUCGAGGGGGCACCGCGGUUUCCCAUCAUCGGGAUCGCCCCCGCACAACGAUCAAGAGGGUGUGGAUUGGGAAGAAAUUCUAUGCUGUAUCCUUGCGCACUCCGUGGACAUUGCAUCUGGGCAGGACAACAGCCGAUCGAUGAUGAGCUAGAUGGGUCCCACGGCCAUGGAGGUGUGUUGGAAUCAUUUAUCAGCACUUGUCAAUUC